AUGUCUGGUCAAGGAUUCUCUGUCUACGUCGGAAACGCUCCAUUCCAAACUUCCGAGGAAGAAAUCGGAAAUUUCUUCAGCAAUGUUGGAAAUGUGACAAACGUCAGAAUCGUCUAUGACCGCGAGACUGGGCGACCAAGAGGAUUCGCAUUCGUCGAGUUCGCUGAUGAGGCCGGAGCUCAAAAGGCUGUCCAAGAACUCAAUGGAGCCGAGUUCAAUGGAAGACAACUUCGCGUCAACCUUGCUAACAACAAGUAG